CAGGCGGGAACCACACGGUACCCGGCAUGCCCCGCGCGCUGCAGGCGAGGGAAGUGAGUGUGCACUUCCGGCGGCAGGGCGGCCCGGCUUCCUGCUGCUGUUGCGGUGCCGAGUAGCCGCGCGCGUUCCUUCCGGCGACCCCCGCCCGCCCCUUCCAGCCCGGCUCGGCGAUGAAGGACGUACCGGGUUUCUUACAGCAGAGCCAGAGCUCGGGGCCUGGCCAGCCCGCCGUGUGGCACCGCCUGGAGGAACUCUACAACAAGAAACUCUGGCAUCAGCUGACUCUCCAGGUUCUAGACUUUGUGCAAGACCCCUGCUUUGCCCAAGGAGAUGGACUUAUCAAGCUUUAUGAAAAUUUCAUCAGUGAGUUUGAACACAGGGUGAACCCUUUGUCUCUUGUAGAGAUCAUUCUUCAUGUAGUCCGGCAGAUGACAGAUCCUAAUGUGGCCCUAACUUUUCUGGAAAAGACCCGAGAAAAGGUAAAAAGCAGUGAUGAAGCUGUGAUUCUGUGUAAAACUGCCAUUGGUGCGUUGAAAUUAAAUAUCGGUGAUCUACAAGUCACAAAGGAGACCAUUGAGGAGGUUGAGGAGAUGCUGAAUAACCUUCCUGGUGUGACAUCUGUUCACAGCCGCUUUUAUGAUCUCUCCAGCAAGUAUUACCAGACAAUUGGGAAUCAUGCCUCUUACUAUAAGGAUGCAUUACGGUUCCUGGGAUGUAUAGAUGUCAAAGAUCUGCCAGUGGCUGACCAGCAGGAGAGAGCCUUUACUUUAGGAUUAGCAGGACUCCUGGGUGAAGGAGUCUAUAACUUUGGGGAACUGCUUAUGCAUCCUGUACUGGAGUCUUUGAGGAGCACUGAUAGGCAGUGGCUGAUUGACACGCUCUAUGCCUUCAACAGUGGUAACGUGGAAAAAUUCCAGACUUUGAAGUCAGCAUGGGGCCAGCAGCCAGACCUGGCUGCAAAUGAAACUCUCCUCCUACAGAAGAUUCAGCUGUUGUGCCUCAUGGAGAUGACCUUCACUCGACCAGCAAAUCACAGACAACUCACUUUUGAGGAGAUUGCUAAGAGUGCCAAAGUCACUGUGAAUGAGGUGGAGCUGUUGGUGAUGAAGGCACUUUCAGUGGGUUUAGUAAAGGGCAGUAUUGAUGAAGUGGAUAAAAAAGUUCACAUGACAUGGGUCCAACCACGGGUGCUGGAUUUACAACAGAUAAAGGGCAUGAAAGACCGCCUGGAAUUCUGGUGCACAGAUGUGAAGAGCAUGGAGAUGCUGGUAGAACACCAAGCCCACGAUAUCCUAACAUAAAGGACCUUGUACUGGCUGGAAGAGUGUCUUGUACUGUUGCUGAAACUGGCAGUGCCCUGACCACUGACUCUGUAUGAAUUCUAUUAAAAAUGGGGGCUAGGGGAGGAGGGGAAGAACUACUUCUCUGAUGCUUGUACAGAGGACUAAGUGGCCUUUGCUGCAUAACCCUUUGGUGCUUGGAGUCGGGAAUUCCCUAUUUAUGUGCUAGCAUUGAACUAGUGCUCACCAAGGGAACUCCCACCCUGCUGUCACCAAAGGUGUGUGUGUGGGAGGGGGAAUAAGGGUUCCAUAAUGGUGGAUUUAAUUGGUCUUGGUUUGGGGCUGUUGUGAUGGAGGAUGCUGGGAUGUUGGGAGCUCUGUGCUAACCAUGGAGGUCUCUAACUCAGCAAUGGAGUGGCAGCAAAACUUCCAUUUUGCACGUGGGGUGCACAAGGGAAGGGCCACCCCACCACUGU